AUUAUACACUUAAUUGGCGCGUACCGAUAUUGUAUUAAUCAAAAAACAUUAAUAUGAAAAACAUAGUUCCUAAUAUGGAAAUGUAAACACUAACUAAUAAAAUAGACGAGUAGGAUAAAAUAAAAACUCCAAAUUAAAACAAAGUCUCAUCAACAUGGACAGCGAUGAAGUAAACAUAUCCCAAGAGAAAAAAAACAAAUUAACUGCCACACAGCUUGCCCGCAUCGAACGGCAACGUCUACGGGCCAGAGCACUGCGUGACUCUCGACCCUUGCUGAGAAAUGAAGAUAAACCCGCACCAGUACCCACUCUUGGAUGCGGAGGUGGAUUCCUGCCAGAAGAGACACACGAGCUGAAUGCAGUGGUUGCGCCUUGCGCUCCCCUCGUGCACCCCGGCCACCAACCCCAUUGUCUUCAUUGCGGACGACCCUUUCCACAAUCUUUCCUCUAUGACAACUUUGACUAUUCAAUUUGUGACGAGUGUAGGGAUACUGAAGGAGAACACGCUCUCAUGACACGCACAGAGGCCAAGAACGAGUACCUUUUGAAGGAUUGCGACUUGGACAGUCGAGAACCCCCUUUGCGAUGUUUGCGACGCCGCAACCCGCACAGCGCUCGGUUCGGCGACAUGCGGCUGUACCUGCGCGCGCAGCUGCAGGAGCGCGCGCUGCAGGUGUGGGGCUCGCACGCGGCGCUGGGCGAGGAGCGGGCGCGGCGGGAGGGCGCGCGGGCGGCGGGGGCGGGGCGGCGCGCAGUCCGCCGGCUGCGCGCGCUGCGGAUGGACGUGCGCUCGAGUCUGUACACGCCCCAGCGCGCCGCACACGAGCACGAGUUCGGUCCCGAGACGCACGAUGCCCGCGCCGACGUCUACUCCCGCUCCUGCCUCUCCUGCGGACACACCCAGUCCUAUGAGAAGAUGUGACAUUUUAAAUUGAAAAAAAAGUAUGGAAAAACAAGUGCUACCUUUUAAAAUUAUGUAUUGUACAAAUUGUGAUAGCUGUUAACAUAAUAUUGAUUAGUCAAAAAUGGAAUUCUUAAAAAAAAAA